AUGGUGAUAUCAAGAAUAUACUCACGGCUCACUGCUUGUUUUGGCCACAACGACGAUCAUGAGAUGUGGAGUAGUAGGCAAAUCCCAAAUGAUGUCAUGGGAUUAGUUCUGCAACGCCUACCUCGCCCAGAUUACAUCCAGUGUCGUGACGUAUGCCCUACCUGGCGAGACAUAAUUGAUAGCAGCUCUGUUGCCCCUCAUCACCUUCUGCCAUGGCUUUUACUCGAUUCCAAACAUCUCUUCUUCAUCAAAGACGGUUUCCUUCUUAGUGACCACCGGAAAAUUUCGACACUCGUUAAGCCACGAUGUGUUGGAUCAAUUGAGGGGUGGUUGAUCAUGCACGAGUACGUUAAGAAAAGCCGCUACUUCUUGAACCCGAUUACAGGUGCUCGAGUCAUACUUCCUUCAUCAAAAUGCAUUGAGAAAGAGAAAGUUGUAGCCUCUUCGGUACCAACAAGGAGAGAGCACUGUUAUGUGGUGAGCCUUAAUUUACUUUCUGGCCGUUUGGCUUUUUGUAGGCCGACCGACCAAUCAUGGACUCCCAUCGAAGCUUUCGAACCCGAAACUGAGAAUGCCCUCGAUUUUCGAGAUGUAGAAAUAGUUGCGGGAAAACUAUAUGCUGCAACUAGCAGUGCAUUGGAAUUUCUAAUGGUGUUUGACAUCAAUUUGAAUGGGGGCGUUCCUAGCUAUACAGCUGAAAGGGUAGUUAUGCAUUACCCUAGUGAUGGUGGGAUAAAACUUGACUAUAAGAUGUACUUUCGGACUUGGUACCUGGUAAAGGAUUUUGAAUCACAUGAAUUGUUUCUUAUUUUGCGUAACACUGCUCUAGCCCAGGUGACUGAAGGAUUUCAAGUGUUGAAGUUGGAGCACUGUGAUAGUGGUGGUGGUGCUCGUUGGGUGGAGAUUGUUGACCUUGGUAGUCGGAUAUUGUUUGUGAGCAUGCUUAACAAUAAAUGCAUCUCUUCCGAGAGAGGUCUUAGUGGCUCCAAUGAUAAGGCGCUUGAAAGAAAUUGCAUUUAUUUUGCUUUUGAUUGGCAUAGUACUGAAACAUCACCUAUAGUCGACUUUGGGGUGUUUUCCCUGACAAAGAGGAGCGUCAAACCCUUGAGUUGUCCUAUAAAUCAUUUGAGCCGAGAGUUGAAUCAAAUUGUGUGGUUUACACCAAAUCCUUGGUAG